AUGUACAGAACUCUCUUGCCAUGGCUCAUCUUGGUUGGCCACUCCGUCAGUCUCUGCACCUCUCCGCCAAUCAUUGUCCCAAUAACCAGCGUCCAACUCUCGAAUGGGAACUCCCGACGAGGCAUCUUCGGAACGGUCGGAACACCUGCACAGAAUGUCUCUUUCAUGGUACACACCUAUCUGAAUGACACCUGGAUAUACAACGCUACCGAUUCCUUCUGCGACAGCCAAACAGUAGAUCAGUGCCUCACCUAUAGAGGUGGCCUCCUGGACACUGAGAAGUCAACAAGCUACUCACACGAAGAAGACGUGUAUGCUGCAGGAGGCGACCCUAGCGACGUGGCCCAAAUGCCGGUCCCUCACAUCCGGUACAAUGCUUGGGCGACGGAUACAUUGACUAUGGGGAGCGCAUCUCUCUCGACUUUCCCCAUCGGCAUGCCAGGACUGGACUUCGGCGGAGACUUUGACAGCCAGGCAAACUUUGGUCUAGGUCAGAACUCUACAUUGUUGCAACGUCUCAAAGACGACGGUCGUAUCGCUUCGCGAUCAUGGUCGUACUGGUGGGGCGUUGAAAAUGCACUGUCCAGGUCGGCUAUGGAUGGUCAUCUAAUACUUGGCGGGUACGACGCCGCAAAGGUAGUUGGUGUACCUUUCACACAGCCGCUGCGCAAUGCUUCAUUGGCUUGUCGUUCCGGGAUGAUACUCCCAAUCAGCAAUCUACUGCUUAACUUCCCAAAUGGUACCUCUAGUGAUCUGAAUCCGUCAGCGGUUCUCACGGCAUGUCUGCAACCAGACUUUCCAUCUAUCAUGACCGUUCCGGCCGAACCAUACUGGUGGCGAUUCCAGGACGUUACCGGAACACAAUUCUCGAACAAGUCUUUGGGCACGAAUUGGUUUGUGCCCGUCUUCCCAUCCUCGAACGUAUACGCGGGAGAUCUUGAGAUACAGAUUCAAGGAGGCCCAGCCAUCAACAUUCCCAACGACGUGCUGGCGGUUCCAAACGAGUACAUCGACGAAUCUGGUGUUGUGCAGCACAAUGACUCUGCUGCAGACGUGCUCUUUAGCCCUAUCGAUGGGAAUAAUAUCGACGAUCAACUCAUCAUUGGCAAACAAUUCUUUUCUGGUGCCUACCUGACUGUCAAUCUUGACAACCAAACUUGGAGUAUCUGGCCAGUAAAGGCAACGACCGAUACCCAGCUCACCACCAUAGGCGAGAGCUGCGAUGAUGCUACGAACUCUACGACCAUCGCUCAACCCGACGAUUCUGCGGAGUCAAGAACCGGUACAAUAUCGAAUGGUGUAAUAGCAGGGAUAGCAGUCGGCGGUAGCUGUGUGGUAAUAGCCCUGGUCAUCCUCAUCGUCUUUAUGAUAAGAAAGCGUAAAGCGAAGCGGACAUCCGCUACCAAUCUGGCUGCCGCUGAUUUCGGGAGUCGCUCCAACGAUGACCGGGUUUGUUCUGAUAAAUCGCAGUAUUUUGCAAUCAGGCAUGGGACUGUGCAAGAGAUGGCCGGAUCUCAGACGGUACCAUAUGAGCUGGGCUCGGAAGUCAAGCCGGUAGAAUUGGGGCACAAUGGUUGGAAUGGAAGGAAAAGCUCGCGACACCAUGCUGUCGAGCUGCCUGCCACGCGGCACUAG